AUGUCUUCUCAAGACCAAGACAAAUCAGGAAGGCCUGGGAGAAAGACACGCAAUCGAGCGUCCAAGGCGUGUCUCGUCUGUCGGCGACGCAAAGUCAGAUGCAACGUCUCCAUCGUCGGAAAGCCGUGCCUGAAUUGUGCUUUAGACAAUGAGGCCUGUCAUAUUCCAGAAAAAGAAUCUUACCGUUUUGCACCCCCAAAAAGGCGUGUUUCCAAGACGAGCGAACCUGCGACCUUCAAGAUUAUUCGGGAGAACGAGAACCCCGGAAACCAGCCAAGUAAUAGUCAGCCGCCUGACUAUGACGCCAAUUCAACUCAUGAUCCUCAGACAACAAGCACGUCCCAGCAUAUCGAUGACAGCGCGAGCAUGGCUUCCUGUGAAGAUAAUGUCAAGUAUGGGAAGCCCCCUCAAGGUGAUUCGUACGUCUUCACACCGCCUCCACGUCAAUUUGACGACUCUGGUCCCUUUGGACAGAGCACCCCUCAAAGGAGGGUAUUUGCUGCCGAGGUUCCGUACUCAGCGUACUCAUUUGUGGUCGUCUCAAACCUACCAGACAUGCUGCCAGAAGACAUCAACUUCCUCGAACUCAAGGGAUGUCUACGGAUCCCUGCGCGGAAGCAUCUCGACGAAUUCGUCAAGCAGUACUUUCGAUACGUUCACCCUUUCCUACCGCUCAUCAACGAGGCCGUCUUUUGGGAGAUGUACUACGGCACCAGCCAAGGAUUGGGCCCCAAGAUGCCACUGCUGGUUUUCCAGUCCAUGAUAUUCGCGGCCAGCGCCCACGUCUCCUCCGAGACCCUCGAGAGCCUGGGCUUCUCGAGCACCCGUGUCGCCCGGCGUAUCCUGUACCAGCGAGCUAAAGUCCUCUACGAUCUCGAGUCCGAGUCAUCACGUCUCCAUAUCGCGCAAGCGGCACUGCUUAUAUCCUACUGGUCUCCACCGUUCGCCAAGGCGGCCAGCAGGCCAAACACCACGUGGCUUAGUAUCGCCAUCGAAAACGCAAAGUCUGUCAAAGCCCACCUGGCCGGGCUCGAUUCUGCCGUCAUAAAGGAUGAGUCCCUAGAGCAGAGGCGCUGCUUACUGAAGCGUCUCUGGGGUUGUUGUAUCGUUCGAGACAGUACCUUGUCCAUCGCCCUGAGGCGAAGCUGCCAGAUCGCAGCAGCAGACCGCGACGCCGAGGUCAAGCUCGCCCUCAAGUAUGCGGAUCUUGAGACGGAACUGUACCAAUCUGAAGUGUACGAUGCGCCCACCAAGAAGUAUCUUAUCAUGGCCUUCCUCCACCUGGCCGAGUUGUGCCGCAGGAUGGCGCAUGUUUCGAAGCUGCUGUUCCCAUUUGAGAAUGGCGCUCCUGAAGACGCUAUUCUCGCCUCUACGACGGAUGAUAAGCAAAUAAUAGGAACGUUCAAAUAUUUCUUGUCGGGGUGGUGCGACACGGCCAAGUUGUGGCUCCAGUGCCCCAGUCCGGCUGAUAAACCAAAGCCGGUGAACACUCAUAGCAGAUAUCCAGAGCGCACAAACUGGGAUCAGCUGGUUUCUCCCGCUCACAUCCACCAUAGAAUCGCUUGCUCCGCCUUGCCACUCGCCCUCCACAUGAUUAACGGCAGGCUCAACGGUUCGUUCCAAGACUCCAGGCUACUCGUCCUGUUUCAGGCCAUGCGGACGUACGAGUACCUAUACGACGGCGUGGAGUGGGUUGCCGAGACCAUCAAGCUGAUCAUGGGACAAAAGCAACUAGCCCACCUGCUGGAGUCUGCGCUACCAGGAACUUCCUUGGGCAGUUCAUCUUGGGAGAGCUGUCUGGCUUCAAAUCCAACGUGCUAUUUGAGAGUCACUGUGACAAUGGACCUCAGCUUUAGUCAAGGUCGCCUACCUGAAGAGAAGGACUUCCCCGCUAGACUUCGAGAUAUCGAGGAGAAGCCAAUUCCAGCGCCUUUGUUAAAAGGAAAUUUGACAACCGCCUCUUCUCAACCAGAACAUCCAGCGCGAGACCCUCCAGCUGCUGAAACCGCCACUCUGGAGACCACCUUAGCGCGCCCCCUUGGCCUGGCCCCGGGGAGCGAUCUUGCGAAGGCUCCGAAUGAGGGCGACUCUAUGGAUGAUCUACUGAGCCUGGAGGGGUUAGAUGUAGUGAUGGAGCAGAGUCUCGACUUUCCAGAAAUGUGUUUGUCGACAUGUGACGAUAGGGCGCUGGAUUCCUUCUUAACUUCUCACGCCAAUGAAGGACUAAUGGAGAACGUGGGCGAUGAGACGCUGAGUACCGAGAUAUUAGAUAAGUUUGAUUGGUUUUAA